AUGCCUUGUUCUAAUGUCAUCACCACCAAAAUACCACCAUCCACUCCUCAAAAUGAGGGAUUGCUUGCAGCAGAAAUUAAAACUAUUGCGGCAGAAAAUAAAUCUAAGUUUUCAGGUGCAGAAAAUACAUCGUCUAACAAAGACACAAUGUCUCGUCAAGAUUCUUCAACCGACCGCAAAUUAAACGGUAUGACUGCUUAUCUGCAAACUUUCCUCUGCGAAUUCUGCGCGGGCGAAUUUCGAAGAAAGAUGGAUCUGGAAAGAUACAUUAGAACUCAUACCGGUGAACGACCGUUUAAAUGUAUGGAGUGCGGACGGACGUUCAUACAGAAAGCUCACUUGAAAAUUCACUGCGAGAGACACUCCCAUGUUGCUAUCACAGAACAAUCGAAUGUUAAAAAAUUAUCACCAUCUUCCAAAAAUUCCGACAAACUUAACGAAAAUAGCAAGCCUAAAAAAUCAAUGCAUACCUGUCAGACAUGUGAAAAGUCCUUUUCCCAGAAAGGACACCUGAACGUGCACAUGUUAAUUCAUACCGGCGAUAAACCUUUUCGCUGCAAUGUUUGCAACAGAUAUUUCAAUCAAAAGCAGACAUUAAAACGCCACAUUGUCACCCAUGAAGGAAAACGAAAAACACCAUCCGUGGAUUCAAAACGUGCAAAGGGAGCUGAAUGUGUAAGAAAUCGAUGCAUUUAUUAUUCGUCUCAUCAAGCAUUGAAUAGCGAAAAUGCAGUCAAUGCCAAAUUUCAUCUACCGCAAACAGACGGUGAAUAUUCAAGAAAUACUUCCACAAAAACAUCGCGAGAAAGCGUUUCAAAUUGCAAUAUUUCUAGCGAAAAUUCUGAGCAAUCCUCAACAAACAAAGUGACGGAUAGCAAUAAAAGAAUGAAAAGUGACAAGUUACAGACGAAAUUCAGAAAGGAAAAUAAAUGCAAAAUCUAUGGAAAAGAAUUCAAGCAAAGGGGGCAUCUCAAUGUUCAUCUGCUUAUCCAUACAGGGGCCAAACCAUUUAAAUGCGAUAUGUGUUUUAAAAAGUUCAAUCAGAAACAAAUUUGGAAAAUACAUCUUCAGACGCAUAGUACAAUCCCUACAUAUGGCCACCGUAAAGUAAACCAGUCAAAUACAAAAGGCCCCAACAACGAAGAUUUCAUUUGCGAAACUUGUGGAAAAGUCUUCAACAACAAAUACAACUUCCAGAAACAUCAGCUUAUUCAUUCGGGACACCGACCAUUCUUUUGCCAAGAAUGUGGGAAGUCGUUCCGACAAAAGAAUCAUUUGGUGGAUCAUCAACGAAUUCACAGCGGUGCCAAGCCUUUCAUUUGUGAUAUCUGCUCCAAAAUGUUCAGUCAAAAACAGAAUUUAAAGAAACAUCUUCAGACUCAUUUAAAGCAAACAUGCAAUACGACUGCUAACUAUGUUAGGAAUGAGCACAGUAGCGUUGGUCAAUCAAAACAAAGUUACCAAAACGUAUCCGGCAUCCGCAAACAGCACAGCCAGGGGAAGAAUAAGGACUUAACAAGUAAUUACCUGGGGGAAAUACGGAAGAAAACGGGUCAGAUAUUUCAUUGCGAUCACUGCGGAAAAGAUUUCAAACGAAAAGAAUAUCUCAAAGUUCAUCUUCGAACUCAUACCGGUGAAAAACCCUAUGUGUGUCAUAUUUGUUUAACUCGAUAUUCUCAGAGGGGUCAUUUAUGGGUUCAUAUGUCAAAACAUAAAUCAACGAAUAAAGUGCCAAAUCAGAGGUCAAGAAAUAAGUCACCUAAUCAGGGGGAGGUCAAGAAAUAA